AUGAAACCCAAACUCAACCUUCGCCAAGCAAUAGACUCCCUUUACGCUAACGGCCCAGCAAGUCAUGAAUGCUACACUCGCCUUGCGCUCCAAUGCUUUCGAGCCAGCGAUUUCGAUCAAGCCAGCCGAUUGCAAUCUCACAUGGACCUUCAUUUGUUUAAACCUAAUGACACUUUCCUUCAUAAUCGACUUCUCCACUUGUUUGUAAAAUCAGGAAAAACCUUUCGUGCUCGGAAACUGUUCGAUGAAAUGACCCAAAGGGAUAUUUUCUCGUGGAAUGCAAUGCUUUCUUUGUAUGCAAAAUCCGGGUUAGUCGAGGAUUUAAGGGUUAUGUUUUAUAACAUGCCUUCUCGUGAUUCAGUGUCGUAUAAUACGGUGAUUUCAGGUUUUGCAGGAAAUGGGUGUGCAAGCCUGGCACUGGGAACUUUUUUGAGGAUGCAAAAGGAAGGGUUUAAGCCCACAGAGUAUACACAUGUGAGUGUUUUAAAUGCGUGUACGCAAUUGUUGGAUUUAAGGAGAGGAAAGCAGAUUCAUGGCAGGAUUAUUAUUUGUAAUUUAGGAGGCAAUGUGUUUGUUUGUAAUGCUUUAACCGAUUUGUAUGCGAAGUGCGGUGCGAUUGAUCAGGCAGGGCGGUUGUUUGAUAGAAUGGUGAAUAAGAAUGUGGUAACAUGGAAUUUGAUGAUUUCUGGGUACUUAAAAAAUGGGCAGCCUGAGAAAUGCAUCAAUUUGUUUUGUGAAAUGCAGGUGUCAAAUUUGAAGUCUGAUCAGAUUACGGUUUCAAGUGUUCUUGGUGCAUAUAUUCAAGGUGGGUAUAUUGGUGAAGCAAGGAAGGUCUUUGAUGAGAUUAGAGAGAAGGAUAAAGUUUGUUGGACAACAAUGAUUGUGGGUUGUGCACAAAAUGGAAAGCAAGAGGAUGCUUUGGUGUUGUUUAGUGAGAUGUUGUUUGAGAAUGUCAGGCCAGAUAGUUAUACCAUCUCGAGUGUGGUUAGCUCAUGUGCCAAAUUGGCUUCUUUGUAUCAUGGUCAGGUUGUUCAUGGAAAAGCAUUUCUUAUGGGAGUUGAUAAUGAUUUGCUUGUGUCUAGUGCUCUUGUUGAUAUGUAUUGCAAAUGUGGAGUCACUAGGGAUGCUUGGAUUGUUUUCAGUAUGAUGCCAACUCGUAAUGUGGUUUCUUGGAAUUCCAUGAUAGGGGGUUAUGCACAAAAUGGACAGGAUUUGGAGGCCUUGUCACUUUAUGAGAAUAUGUCGCAAGAAAAUUUGAAACCAGAUAGUGUAACAUUUGUGGGUGUUCUAUCUGCUUGUGUCCAUGCUGGUUUGUUUGAAGAAGGGAAGAGAUAUUUUGCUUCAAUGAAAGAACAACAUGGGCUGGAACCUACUUUGGAUCAUUAUGCAUGCAUGGUCAAUCUCUUUGGAAGUUCAGGACACAUUGAUAAAGCAGUUGAUCUAAUCAGUAGUAUGUCCCAGGAACCAAAUUCCUUAAUAUGGUCCACUGUUUUAGCAGUUUGUGUGACAAAGGGUGACGUCAAACAUGGGGAGAUGGCAGCAAGACACUUAUUUGAAUUGGAUACACUUAAUGCUGUGCCUUACAUCAUGUUGUCUAACAUGUAUGCUGCUUGUGGAAGAUGGAAAGAUGUUGCAUCUAUCAGAUCUCUAAUGAAAGCCAAUAAUGUUAAAAAGUUUGCUGCUUGCAGUUGGAUUGAGAUUGACAAUGAAGUCCAUAAGUUUGUAGCAGAUGAUCGAACUCAUCCGGAUGGAAAAAUAAUUUAUGAACAGCUCAACAGAUUAAUAAGGAAACUGCAGGAAGCAGGCUUUAGUCCUAAUACAAACUUGGUUCUACAUGAUGUUGGGGAGGAUGAGAAACUCGAAUCCAUCAGUUACCACAGUGAAAAACUUGCUCUUGCAUAUGGUUUAAUCAAAAAGCCUCAUGGUGUAACACCUAUAAGGAUUAUAAAGAACAUUCGCAUUUGUGGUGACUGCCAUGCAUUUAUGAAGUUUGUAUCUAAAAUCACGGGAAGGGCUGUCAUCUUGAGAGAUUCAAAGAGAUUCCAUCAUUUUGUUGACGGGAAAUGCUCAUGCAAGGACUACUGGUCAUGUAAAGUCUUGUAA